AUGUCGCUACUAUACCCUGCAGAGGUAUACGACAGCGCCAGAGGCAACAACUGCUCCAAGCGGGGCACUUGCACUAAACAGGCUAGGAGCAGGACGUUCCGGCGCAGGCGGCAACAACAGUGCUACAACCACUGCCCACUAACUCGAAACACGCCUAGAGUGUCGCGCAGCCGAGACAGGGGGCAUGCGCAGCAUAACAAGCUCAGUCUUACGGUAUUCUCUACCUGCAUUUGCCGAGACCUAACCGACGUGCAGCCUGUGAUGCGCUUGCACAGCGUCUACGACAGCAUACUCGGGGGCUUCAGUGCGAUCCACCAGACGCAUAGACAGUGUAGCCUCCCGGUUUCCACAUGUAGACAUGCGCGCCUGGCAAAGUCCGUUGCACUCGCCUCCGGCACCGGACGCGGCUUAUCUGCGUGCGGUGGGGUGCAUCGCCUUGUUUCGGCCCUUCACCGCGUUCGCGCCGACACUUGCAAGUAUGCUGAACGUUUGUGGGUGGACAGCUUUGCUCCGACGAUACCCGCCGGCGCACACGGGGUGUCUGUUAGCGUUCAACAAUGUAUUGACGUGUACCAGCGGGGGUGCACCACGUGGCGACCUUGA